GGACCACACACAGUAGAAAGACAGGAGCAGGAGAGAGAGAGAGAGAGAGAGAGAGAGAGAGAUUUACUGUAUUGGUUGCAACAACGGUCAAUAAGCCAAAGUUCAAUCUCACAGACGAUAAGUGGAGGGCGCUUAAAAUACUGAGUGCUUCUGGUCGUGGAGGAGUUGCAAGAUGUCUGGUUCCAGCAUGCUGCUGCUGGCUGCUCUGGUGCUGCUCCUGCUGCUGCUGGUCUGGAAGAGGAGGGGGUCACGGGGGAUUCCACUGCCUCCAGGGCCCCCUGGUCUACCCCUGCUGGGAAACCUACUCCAAGUUGACAAGCAUGAACCCUUUAAGACCUUCCUGAAGUGGAGUCAGCGGUAUGGUCCAGUCAUGACUGUGCAUCUCGGACCACGUCGGUUUGUGGUUCUGAGUGGGUACCAGACGGUGAAGGAGGCAUUGGUUGACCAGGGAGAUGAUUUCACUGCAAGAGCUCCUGUGCCGGUCCUGAACCGGAUUGUCAGGGGAUACGGUCUGGUCGUCAGCAAUGGUGAGCGCUGGACACAGCUGAGGCGCUUCACACUGAGCACGCUCAAAGACUUUGGCAUGGGCCGCAAGAGGAUGGAGCAGUGGAUCCAGGAGGAGAGCCGGCAACUGCUGGACAGCCUGAGGGAAACCAAGGGUUCACCAUUUGAACCCUCUUUCUUCCUGAGUCGUGCUGUGUCCAAUGUGAUCUGUGCUCUGGUGUUUGGGGAGCGUUUCAACUACGACGAUGCCAACUUCCUGCGACUCCUGCAGAUCAUCUCCGAGGCAUUGCGAUUCGGGAGCACUCCAUUGGGACAGCUAUGCAACAUUUUCCCACGGAUAAUGAACUAUAUGCCCGGUCGCCAUCAACAAUUCUUCACUGAAAUAGACAAAAUUCGGGAGUUUGUAACGGAGAAGAUCCACCAGCAUAGGGACACACUGGACCCAGACAACCCCCGUGAUUUCAUUGACUGUUUCCUCAUCAAACUGAACCAGGAGAAAGAUCUACCCAAAACUGAGUUCAUCUAUGACAACCUAGUUUCCACGGUCCUCAAUCUCUUCUUCGCUGGCACAGAAACCACCAGCACAACCUUGAGAUAUACUCUGAUGCUGCUGAUGAAACAUCCAGAAAUACAAGAUCACAUUUAUAAGGAGAUUGAGGCCGAACUUGGUCAAGAGCGCCCCCCAAUGAUGGAGGACAGGAAGUCCCUCCCCUUCACGGAUGCUGUCAUUCACGAGGCUCAGCGUUUCCUGGACGUCGUCCCCCUCAACCUCCCCCGCUACACCACCAAAGACAUCCCUUUCAAAGGCUACGGCAUUCCCAAGGACACCGUAGUGAUUCCCUUGCUGCACUCUGUGCUCCGGGAUGAGAAGCAAUGGGAGAACGCCUGGACCUUCAACCCAGACAACUUCCUGGAUCAAAAUGGAAACUUUAAGAAGAACCCGGCCUUCUUUGCCUUUUCUGCAGGUAAGAGAUCGUGUGUGGGUGAGUCUCUGGCACGGAUGGAGCUCCUGCUAUUCCUGGUGUCCAUAGUGCAGAAGUUCCACCUCAGCACCCCCGGAGGACCCUACAGUCUGGACACCAAACCAGAGUUCAGCAGCUUUGCGAACGUCCCACGUCGAUACCAGCUCAUCGCCACCCCCCGGUGCUGAGCCCCGGUACUGCAGGAUAGGGCCCACUAACGCAGAGCUGAUGCAUCACCCCAUACAUACAGACUUACCGGAAACCCUCUCCACAGAAUGGAAAACAGUUGAGCUACCAAGUCAUCGGUACCAAGCCACUACAACGCACAACUGCCCCUAUGUAGGGGUUACAGUUAUAAACCUUCUCCACCUGUCCAAUUGUACGUAUAUAACUAUCAACAAAUUUAUUUUACUCACAGACCAGACUUUGUGAAUAAUGUAGCAUUUUGCACUAUUAUCUCUUUUGUGAAACACAUCACUUUGUCACGAUGUCCAAGUAGCUACCUACCAAUUUGCAAAUUUGAAAAAGAAGAAAAGAAGAAACCCUCGCAAUAGAAAAUAGUCUUGUCGCUGUUGUCAUGUCGCUGAUUUACCCGUUGAGGUGAGCUACCAAGCAACUACAGGGGUUAGAGUUGGGAUUCCUCUCAAAAUAAAUGUAAACACGUAUGUAUGUGAUGCAUAUUUUUUGCCUGAUAUGAGGUGACCUAUAGAUAAUAAAUAAUUAUUAUAUUUUCUUACUUCUAUACUUCCCCAAUUGUUUUUGAUGAAUGAUACAGUUCAUGGGUGAGCGGUUAGGGCGUCAGACUUGCAUCCCAGAGGUUGCCGGUUCGACUCCCGACCCGCCAGGUUGGUGGGGGGAGUAAUCAACCAGUGCUCUGCCCCAUCCUCCUCCAUGACUGAGGUACCCUGAGCAUGGUACCGUCCCACCGCACUGCUCCCCAUGGGGCGCCACUGAGGGCUGCCCCCUUGCACGGGUGAGGCAUAAAUGCAAUUUCGUUGUGUGCAGUGUGCAGUGUUCACUUGUGUGCUGUGGAGUGCUGUGUCACAAUGACAAUGGGAGUUAGAGUUUCCCAAUGGGCUUUCACUUGGAGUUUCCCAAUGGGCUUUCAGGUAUAAUUUGUGACAUAUAGCGGGUUGGGGGGUUGGAGUUUGGGUUCCUUUUCAAAUUAAUGUUAAUAUGUAUGUGAUAUACAUUAAGUUACCUGGCAUAAGGUGAUGUAGUUUUGUCAAGUGGUGACCUAUAAAUAAUAAAUACUUUCAUAUAUUGUCUUA